CGACCACUCCUGGUGGUCGUUGCUGGGUCGUUGGGAGGUGUUCGGCGAGGUCUUUCGUUCUGCAGUUUGUAGAGUCGGAAAUGUGUGCAGGACAUUCUCAGGCCAGUUGAAGGACCUCCGGCAAGAUGAUUGGGGGUCUUUUUGUCUACAACCACAAAGGAGAGGUGCUCAUCUCCAGAGUCUAUCGGGAUGACAUUGGCAGAAACGCGGUUGACGCGUUUCGGGUCAACGUCAUCCAUGCCAGACAGCAAGUGAGGUCUCCAGUCACGAACAUCGCAAGAACUUCUUUCUUUCAUAUUAAACGAGCCAACAUAUGGUUGGCUGCCGUAACCAAACAAAAUGUCAAUGCCGCAAUGGUCUUUGAGUUUCUCCUUAAAAUCAUCGACGUCAUGCAGUCCUAUUUCGGCAAGAUCUCCGAAGAAAACAUCAAGAACAACUUUGUUCUCAUUUAUGAAUUGCUCGAUGAAAUCCUGGAUUUUGGGUAUCCCCAGAAUUGCGAUACGGGAGUGCUGAAGACGUUUAUCACUCAACAGGGUGUAAAGUCAGCGACCAAAGAGGAACAAGCGCAGAUAACAUCUCAGGUCACUGGCCAAAUUGGAUGGCGCAGAGAAGGCAUCAAGUAUCGACGCAAUGAGCUCUUCCUCGAUGUCCUGGAGUCCGUUAAUCUACUCAUGAGCCCUCAGGGUCAAGUUCUUAGUGCUCAUGUUGCUGGAAAGGUGGUGAUGAAGUCCUACUUGUCCGGUAUGCCCGAGUGCAAGUUUGGCAUCAACGACAAAAUCGUAAUGGAUGCCAAAGGCAUGAAAGGAGGAACCGGCCUGGGUGGUGCAGGAGAGGACCUAGGAGGAGCCCGAUCGGGCAAGCCUGUAGUGGUAAUCGACGAUUGCCAGUUCCACCAGUGCGUCAAGUUGUCGAAAUUUGAAACGGAACAUUCCAUUAGUUUUAUACCACCCGAUGGGGAAUUCGAGUUAAUGAGGUAUCGAACCACAAAGGAUAUUUCGCUACCUUUCCGCGUGAUUCCUCUGGUGCGAGAAGCGGGAAGGACGAAAAUGGAAGUGAAGGCCGUUCUGAAGUCGAACUUCAAGGCGUCACUUCUGGGUCAGAAAAUCGAAGUCAGGGUUCCGACUCCUCUAAACACCGCAGGUGUCCAGCUGAUCUGUCUUAAGGGCAAAGCCAAGUACAAAGCUUCAGAGAAUGCCAUUGUCUGGAAAAUUAAGAGGAUGGCAGGCAUGAAGGAGACUCAGCUCUCCGCAGAGAUCGAUCUCUUGGAGACCGAUACCAAGAAGAAGUGGACCAGGCCACCCAUCUCGAUGAACUUCGAGGUUCCAUUUGCACCUUCUGGGUUCAAAGUGCGGUACCUGAAAGUCUUCGAGUCGAAGCUCAAUUACUCUGACCACGAUGUCAUUAAAUGGGUCAGGUACAUUGGACGCAGUGGACUGUAUGAGACCCGGUGCUAAUUUUGGGCAUGCAGCCAAGUGGUACCAAAGGAGCUGUCACAUUGUUAUUCAGUUAGCGAUUGUUCAUGUAAAGCUCAAAUUCUCUCCAUUGCCAGAUGACAGCUACGUUAUAGCCAGUAUCGUUACUUCUCUCCAGAGAAUCUCCUGUAUUCAACCCCUAUCCGUAACUAACAAGCGAAGGCUUCUGUCGUAAAGAAGGUUGUACAAAUCUAUCUAUUCAUUCGAUAUUAUGCCUGAUUCGGAAUAUACAGCAUCAUCGGUAAAGGAGUUUGACAACUGGCAGUGACAGUUCCAUGGGUCUCAGCGACGGUGCAUGUGUCAAUGAAGAUACCGAAACACGUCAUGUAGGGGUCUAAUCUCAAAUUGUUAGAAAGAUAUCGAUCGUCGCUUGUGUCUCUCUAUGUUCGACGCGUAUUAUUAAUUAUUAAUAUUACGGUCACAAAGUACAUGCAUAAUUGGAACCAAUACUGUGUAUAUCUUGUUCAGAAAAGAAUUAUACUCAAAAAUGUAAAUCUAAUAAAGGGUAUGUAUAUGCCGAGUCGAAA